AUGAUUGUCAUUGACGAGAAACCGGAGGAAGAGGAAAAAGAAGAAAAAGAAGGCGAAAUGCGAAGUGAAUCGGAUGGUGAAGUGGCAGUUGCAGCAAAAAGAUGGACCAGAAAAACCGAUAAAGACGACCUGCAGCAGCCCAUUUGUCAUGGUUGGCUUAUCGUUUGUGAGGGUAAUCCAACAAAAAUGAUGAACAAAGAAGUCAAACUUCCUUGGCAUGCUGGCUACUGUGUUUUCGAUCCCAGACAGAGCACCAUGAGUUGUUACAAACAAGAAUACCCAUUUGUUACUAAACGCCUGCUUCAACGAAACCGGACAGUUCGUAUGGAUGGUGAUCGGUCGGCAUUUGCUAAACACUGGGGACUUCUCCCAGAUCAUUUCGGGUCCCCUAUUUCCGGACCACACACGAUUGCUAGAUCCUAUACUCGUCAUCCUAAGGAGCGAAUACCAACCAAGGAGCGAUUCUUCAGUAUCUCCAGAAUUCCUAGCCGUCUUACAAAGUUCUCAACUGUCCGCGGUGUACCCGUAGAGUUUUUCGGUUAG